ACUUCCUGCGUCUAAUUCCACCACCAACAACAACAACCAGAGGCUCAUGGAGAAACAGACGAGCUUUGACAGACAGCUGGACUCUCUGACUGAUAUGCUCUCGGAGAUGGAGACCAGCGGUCCCUUUAAUCCAAAGAUGCCCAGUCAGUUCUCUUCUGCUCCGGCGCCCAAGCCGGUGGCCCCUCCCCCCACCGCUCCCAAACCCACCCUGUCUUUCCUCCCGCCUCCCGAGAUGGGGGACCGCCCCCCUCCUGCCCCCUGGGCCGAGGAGCUCCGAGCCCGGACCACGCAGCGGCAGGCCAAUCAGAAACCAGCGUCUGCCCCUGCUCAGCCACCGGCCAAAGCUGCUUCUCCUGCUCCGCCAUUGGUUAAAACUCCGGCUUCUGCGCCGCCAUUGGUUAAAACUCCUGCUUCUGCUCCGCCAUUGGUUAAAGCGCCUGCUUCUGCGCCACCAUUGGUUAAAACUCCUGCUUCUGCGCCGCCAUUGGUUAAAGCUCCUGCUUCUGCUCCGCCAUUGGUCAAAGCUCCAGCGCCAGCCAUAGCUCCCAAGUCCUCUUUCGCCUCCUCUCAGCAUGCGUCCUUCUCUCCCAAAGCGGCCAACUCCUCUGCUGGAUCACGGGGGUCCAGCCCCGGCCCUGCUGCCUUUAUCGCCCCCAAACCUGUCCUCUCCAGCUCUUACACCCCGCCCUCGCCCCCCCCUGCCGUGGCCCCCAGCCCUCCUGCAAGCGCACCGUUUGGCCUGGCCGUCAAUCACUCCAAACGCUCUCCCAUUGGCAGUCAGGAGAAUCUGAGGCAGCCCUCUCCUCCUGCACCUCAGCCCAAGCCUGUGACAUCACCGGGCUCAUCCAAUAGCCAGCUGGCUAGGAGCCCCGCUAAGUCGCCCGGCUCUGGGUCAGGGAUCGGUGGGGUGCCUCUCACCAUGCGAGAGGUGGAGGAGCUGGAGAGACUGACCAAUGACUUCAUCAAGGACAUGGACACACACGCUCCGGUGAUAACAUCCCCACCCACAGAGAUGUGCGGUAAGUGUGGGCAGGCCCUGUCUCGCACCCAGCCUGCUGUGAAGGCCAUGAGCAAGCUCUUCCACUCCGAGUGCUUCUGCUGCAUGUCCUGCCAUCGCCCCCUGCAGGGCAUGCAGUUCUAUGACAGGGACAACACGCCUCAGUGUGAGGACUGCUAUGUGAACUCCCUGGCGAUGUGUUCGCGCUGCGGUGAGCGGAUCACUGACCGCGUGCUGAAGGCGGUGGGCCAGUGUUUCCACGCCCACUGUUUCCGCUGCACCACCUGCAGCUGCAGCCUGGAGGGGGCGCCCUUCAUCACAGAUGACGAUAACAACCCCUUCUGCGUCCCCGAUUACCACCGGCGCUUCUCUCCUAUCUGCGUGAGCUGCAAUGAGCCCAUCAUCCCUGCCGCGGGCAGUGAGGAGACGGUGAGGGUGGUGGCUCUGGAGAAGAACUUUCACCUCAAGUGCUACAGAUGCGAGGACUGUGCCCGACCCCUGUCUAUAGAGGCGGACUCUGACGGCUGCUUCCCAUUGGACGGCAAGAUCCUCUGCAUGAAGUGCCACACCCAGCGGGCCAAACAGGCCAAGCAUUGAUUGGUGCAGAGCCCUCACUUCAAAACUCAAAACUUUGAAACAUCCAGGGCACAGGAUUUCAGCCAGCUUCUCAUCACGGCUUUGCAUUAGGGCUGUGUGUUUGUGUGUGUGUGUGUGUGUAUGUCUGUGUGUGUCUGUGUGCAUGUCAAAAUUAUGCGACUUUCUCCGCAUUGUGUAUUUCUACACACUCCGAUUGUGUGUGUGUGUGUGUUUGUCUCCAGUGGCUGACUUGGAACAGUGGUAAUGUACUGCUCUCAGUCUCAACCAAGUGCUUCAACCAUAGCCGUCUCCCUGCAGGGCCUGCCAGUCCAGUAUCACUCUUUUAGCUGUGCCUACAUCUCCCAGCAUGACUUGCACAGGCGUUUCCAUCACAUAGGACAAAGCUAACGUUUAGAGCCUCCCCAUAUCUUUGGGGCAGUUUGUUAUUUGUAGGGUUUUUCUUCUCCCCAUAUGCACUUUGGAACUAGAUUAAAACAGCAGAAGAGUGGCACAAUGCUUCGAGCACUCCAGUACCCACAAGGCAUUGCAGUUGUCCUGUAGUGCUUAUCAUAAAGUGCACCCCUACGGUUAAAACCCGAUUUCAAGAACAAACAAAAAAACAGUCUUAAAAAGCAGUUGUCUAGUGUGUCUGUUUCCUAUGAGCAUGCAAUGCUUGUUAGUUUACUGUAAGCAACCCUUCACAGGAGCACAAUGAAAAAUGCAACUCCAGUGGCAUUGAUGGCCACUUUUAGAUGCACUUAUGUGUACAACUGCUUUAGAAACAAAGGCCAGACAAACACUUUAGAAGCCAAUAGAAUAAUCCUGAUGAUGUACAGGGCACUCUAGUGUUAUACAGCAAGUAGAGCACAACUAGAUGGCUUCGGAUUGCACAAUUCUGCUCUGCUCGAUCAAUGUUGAAUUCGGCAAAGUGGUACACCUACAAAGCCUACCUUUUGUUAGCCUACUGUAAGGUGUUAGGAGGAGACUGCUCAGUUUGAAAUACUUUUAAACAAGGGUUACAAAUAGACACCGUUCGCACACAGUUAGAAUGCCUCUCACAAACACGGUUGGGUAUUUUCUGUAACUGAGCUUUAGAAUCCUCUUGGUAUUUUUUUAAAGGCUAUAGUCUAGCUGUGUGAAGCAUGUAUCUCAUACAUGUUCAGUGACGUAUGACUGCUAGUAAGUGCAUUAACAGACAGAACCACACUUCCUGUCUGGUUUUCUGUCGCUCACUCACGUUCCAGGUCCCGCCCAUUCCGUUUUUCCCGAAGUGUUCGUUCCUUCUUGGCAAUUCUGCGACGAUCAUGAACUUGCAGCACAGUAUUCUUUGCUUUUCUUCUGUAAAUGUAUCACUCAUGACUAAGGAACACCACUAUUUUCAGUUACUGCCUUUUUGAGUUAAAAUGUAUUGUAUCUUAUGUUUCCAAAUGUAUCACUGUAUUCCUAUGAAAAUAACUCCAUUGUGAUUAUUUCCAUUUUACCUUUGAACUUCUCUGUUGUGGUUUGUUUUUACCCACCCUCAUGUUGCUACAGUUAGCCUCAAGCUUAAAGAUCUUUCCAUUGGUGACCAUGCAUGCAGAUCACACAUCAUGACCUGCAUGGGAACACAUAGACAUUCUUCUGAUUAUCACAUGACCAAAUGUCAUAUUCCAUUGUAUUCAAUGAUAUAUUGUUUUCAUGGUUUGUAUAAUGAAUUUUGACAUUGCGUGUGUGUGUGUGUGUGUGUGUGUGUGUGUGUGUGGUGUGUGUGUGUGUGUGUGUGUGUGUGUGUGUUUGGUUAUUCCUAACCUGUAUUACUUGUCACACCGUCUGCAUCACAGGGUGACCAUCUCUUAUUACCACAGAAUAUUUUGCGUGCCAUAAUGAUCAACUGAAACACCACUUGGUCCCCCCCCCCCUUUUUCUACAAAGCAUUUAUUUAAUUGCCAUGUAUUUGCCUUUUGUUUGUGUUUCCCAUAUUGUGCAAACAUAUAUAAAUUCCUCUGUAAUAUGUGAAUGUGUGUAUGUUUACGUUUUGAAAUAUGCCAAAUGUCCUGUCAUGACCCAUACGUAUUGUCUCUGACUUUUAUUUUUAUUCAGAAAUAAAGAAAGGUUGGUUAACAAUGA